GCCCUGGACUCAUCGUGGAAUCAUUGCAGUCUACCGGCGUUGUGAUUUGCAUAUCUUUCGCUCAGAGUUUGCCUGCGUUCGACGAGAGGCCGGUUGAUGAGGGUCGGAAACGACGGCAUCUGUGACCUGAAGUUUUUAAGUGGAUUGGCUGCUUGGUGAGUGCGAGUUUUGCGGUGGGUGGGUAUUCGCAGAGCUGGCUGCAUUGUCGCUCACCCAGGUCUAAACUAGUGGGCAUUGAAUUCUGGAUUUGUGUAGAUCAGUCCGAGGGAUCAAAGCAUUGUGUCAAGUUCGAGAUUGGAGUGUCGAAGGAAUUGGGGUGAGACUAAUGGCAGCGCAACGAGGACGAGGAGGAGCUUUCCAUUUACUGCUGCUGCUGGUGAGUUUGAUGUGCGUGUUCCAUGGCACGCAAGGAUUGAGGGUGGGGUUCUACACGAACACCUGCCCCAAUGCGGAAACCAUCGUCACGCAGACCGUGCAGAACAGGUUCAGAAGAGACAAGACCAUCACACCUGCUCUGCUGCGCCUCUUCUUCCACGACUGCUUUGUCGUGGGAUGUGAUGCUUCGUUGUUAAUAAACAGCACACCCAAAAAUUCAGCAGAGAAAGAUGCAGGGGCCAACUUAACUGUUCGCGGCUACGACCUCAUUGACGCCGCGAAAGCAGCGGUGGAGAAGGCCUGCCCUGGGAAGGUGUCUUGUGCGGAUAUCAUCGCAUUGGCUACCCGAGACGUCAUUGCUCUGUCUGGAGGGCCGAAAUUCGCAAUGCCGACCGGUCGUCGAGACGGGCGCGUCUCCAAAGCUUCCAAUGUGAACUUGCCAGGCCCUUCACUGAGCGUGGCCGACGCGACCAGGGCUUUCACUGCCCAAGGCAUGACCCAGAACGACAUGGUUACCCUUCUCGGAGCUCACACUGUGGGCAUCACACACUGCAGCUUCUUUGACGAUCGGCUGUGGAACUUCCAGGGAACUGGCCGUGCCGAUCCAUCCAUGGACGCCAACCUUGUGAAGCAGCUCAAGUCAGUGUGCCCGCAACGGGGUGUUGGACUGGGAAGACCAGUGAACUUGGACCAGGGCACGCCCAACAUCGUCGACAAGGUGUUCUAUAGCCAGUUGCUUGCUAAGAAGGGCAUCCUUCAGCUUGACCAACGGCUGGCCACCGACAGGGCCACUUCCCAAAGAACCAGAACCCUGGCAGGGCCUACGUCCCCUUUCACCAAAGAUUUUGUGGCCGCGAUCAUCAAGCUCGGCAACGUCAAGGUGUUGGAAGGAACCAAAGGAGAGAUCCGCAAGAUUUGCAGCAGAAUUAACUGAUCUAGCUCCGCGGUGUCGAAUUUAACAGUGAGAUUAGUUCACAGCGUUGCAGUCCAAUUGUGCAAUCGAACUUGUGACUUCGAUUUCUGAAACCGAGUGAGAAUCGUGAUACCUGUGUGCUCAGUUAGGCUCGUGUGUGAAGACAUUAAGAUCUGGACUAGAUUGAUUAAUUACGAAGGUGAUAGUUACCAAAUAAAACGAGGCUGGUGACAUCAAGUCCAACGUUGUAUGUGCGUUUUAGUUUCAAGCUGAACUAAAAUUUCGGAUGUUUCUGCAAAUGGGUGAAUGCAAAAAUUGGGUUACCUUUCGAAGUACGAUAUUCCUUCACAAAA